AUGGCAGAGAUAGCUUCUUUCUUUUUUUUUCUUCUUCAUAACUGCAUAUUCUUACUUCCUUUGCAGGUCGGUUGUGGUGCUGGCAAUACAGUAUUUCCUGUUCUUAAGACUAAUACCAAUCCAAACCUCAUGAUGUACUGUUGUGACUUCUCCAAUAAAGCGAUUGAACUCGUCAAGGAACACCCCGAUUUUGAACCAUCACGUUGCCAUCCAUUUGUGUGUGAUAUCACUAAUGAAAAUUCCCCGGUGCCAUUUGAAGAAAACAGCUUGGAUAUCAUUAUUAUGAUAUUUGUUCUCAACGCAAUCAGUCCACACAGGAUGCAGCAAACAGUGGAAAGACUGAGCAAUUAUUUGAAACCGGGUGGACUUUUAUUAUUCAGGGAUUAUGGUAGAUAUGACAUGGCGCAACUUCGGUUCAAGAAAGGCCGGUGCUUGUCAGAAAAUUUUUACGUUCGGCAAGAUGGUACAAGAGUCUACUUUUUUACACAAGUAUAUGUAUCUCUCUCUCUCUCUCAGUAUAUCUCUCUCUCUCUUUCCCUUCCAAUACAUCUAUCUCUCUCUCUUUCCCUUCCAAUACAUCUAUCUCUCUCUCUUUCCCUUCCAAUACAUCUAUCUCUCUCUCUUUCCCUUCCAAUACAUCUAUCUCUCUCUCUUUCCCUUCCAAUACAUCUAUCUCUCUCUCUUUCCCUUCCAAUACAUCUAUCUCUCUCUCUUUCCCUUCCAAUACAUCUCUAUCUCUCUCUCUCUUUCUCUUCCAGUAUAUAUCUCUCUCUCUCUUUCUCUUCCAGUAUAUAUCUCUCUCUCUCUUUCUCUUCCAGUAUAUAUCUCUCUCUCUCUUUCUCUUCCAGUAUAUAUCUCUCUCUCUCUUUCUCUUCCAGUAUAUAUCUCUCUCUCUCUUUCUCUUCCAGUAUCUCUCUCUCUCUUUCUCUUCCAGUAUCUCUCUCUCUUUCUCUUAUCUCUCUCUCUCUUUCUCUUCCAGUAUCUCUCUCUCUUUCUCUUCCAGUAUCUCUCUCUCUCUUUCUCUUCCAGUAUCUCUCUCUCUCUUUCUCUUCCAGUAUCUCUCUCUCUCUUUCUCUUCCAGUAUAUAUCUCUCUCUCUCUUUCUCUUCCAGUAUAUAUCUCUCUCUCUCUUUCUCUUCCAGUAUAUAUCUCUCUCUCUUUCUCUUCCAGUAUAUAUCUCUCUCUCUCUUUCUCUUCCAGUAUAUAUCUCUCUCUCUCUUUCUCUUCCAGUAUAUAUCUCUCUCUCUCUUUCUCUUCCAGUAUAUAUCUCUCUCUCUCUUUCUCUUCCAGUAUAUAUCUCUCUCUCUCUUUCUCUUCAGUAUAUAUCUCUCUCUCUCUUUCUCUUCAGUAUAUAUCUCUCUCUCUUUCUCUUCCAGUAUAUCUCUCUCUCUCUUUCUCUUCCAGUAUAUAUCUCUCUCUCUUUUUCUCUUCAGUAUAUAUCUCUCUCUCUCUUUCUCUUCCAGUAUAUAUCUCUCUCUCUCUUUCUCUUCCAGUAUAUAUCUCUCUCUCUCUUUCUCUUCCAGUAUAUAUCUCUCUCUCUCUUUCUCUUCCAAUGAGCUUCGUGAAAUGUUCAUCCAAGCCGGAUUGA